AAGAAGAAGAGAAGGAAGGUGGACAGGUGUCAGCACCUGGGCGAGGACCUUCUACUGCACCUAAAGGUAAGCUUGUCAAACACAGGAACGUAUUGUCAAUCAAUCAGCCACUAACUGGACAGAAUCAGUGGCUUUGUUUUUGGCUAUGAUCACACUUGUUGCAAAGUAAGAAUGGAAGAGACCAAACUAUUGGAAGUGUUGACAUUGGCAUGCGUCAUCUUUUGCUUCAGUUAUCAGAGUUUAGAACUAGAAGGGUAUACUAAAUCAGAGUUUCUCGCCCUCUCAACAGUGAAGGAAGCUGGCAAAGACCUCACCUAUCUCGUAGUUGUGCUUGUCGGUUUUGGAGUGACUGGUGAAUCCACAACUUCCAGAAUAUGAUAUUGAAACAUUAAUUGAUGUAAUCUGAUUGAAAGACAGUGCUGCUCCUACCUGUUGACACCUGUGUGUUUUGUUCUCAGGUGUUCCAGGAGCUCUUCUCCUCCUCCAGCCCCAGCAAGGUCUACAGCAAAGCCUUCAAUAAAGCCAGGUUACACCCAGAGGUGAAAUUAUAACGAGCACAGAAACAUAACAUCAACAAAACAAUCUAGUCUUGGUCUGCAUUUCAGUUCAGUUAGUUUAUGUAUUGGCCUUUUGCAGGAAUGUGUCUUGAAUAUAAGAGCACUGAGUUAAAGACAACAUCAACCAUCAACAUCUCAUUAGUCUUGUUGCCUCCUCUUCUGGUCUCCUUCCCUCGUCUCCUUUUCUGCAUCUGCACUUAUCUGAAAACAAAGGGUAUGUUAAAGCAAUAUGGUGUAAAGCUGAUUGCGCUCUUCUAUCAUCUUGGUAAAACCGCAGGUGAUUGGAGUGUUUGGGGAGCCGAACAAGUGCUUUGGUGAGACGUCUCGUCGUGGUAGAAGACAACAAGUCAGGUGAGAUAAUUAGUUUUUUUUUACCAUAAUGGUCUUUCUUCAGACACUAGGAAUACAAAAUUACUGCAUUAAACAGACUGUGACUUUCGUCAGUGUGAUUACUAGCAUAUUUUCUUCAGUCAUGUAGAGUACAUGAAGGAUGGACUAAAGCACAUGAGACUGAAGUUCUACAUUGAAGGAGAAGAACCAGGCCAUCAGGGAACGGUGCACACAGAAUCCAAAGAGGUUAGACAUACUAUUUAUGUAGUAUUUUGUCUUUCUUUCAUGUGUCAUUUAUCUGGUUGAUCUUAACUCAAUUUUCAUUUUUAAAGAUUUGGCUAAUCUGCAUAGAGCCUGUUUAAAGUUGUGAUAAAAGUUUAACGUGCUUGUCCUCUUUUGACAGAACCCUGAAACUGGAAAAUGUGAGUUUCGCUACAUCUUCGUGGAAGUAGACACCUACCCAAGGAGAACCAUCGUCAUGGAGGACAACAGA